UGACAACAUCCUUUGAGUGCUGCCCUUGACUGACCCACGUGAGGCAAUCUAGCUUCUCAGAAUCUUGCUUAGCCGGUAUAGCUCGCUAAAGUAACUAGCUGAAGUCGGAGAGAUUGGUUCCAACAUCUACUUGUUUCAGUCUUACAUUCUGCUCCACUUAAUUUGACGUCCGGUUAAAAAUGUCUGGCAACAGUAAAUCUGUGCUGUUUUUACUGCAGCGGUGUGUCGCAGUUGGGCAGGUAACGUUGUCAACGGGGAUCAAAACAAGAGCCAGCGUUUUGUCAAGCAAGUUAAUUCAGCAGCGAACAUGGACAUCAAAAGCCCUGACAGUCUGUCUGCAGAGACCGUGUGAGCUCCAGUCUGCAGUGAAAACCAGCCAGUACAGCUUCUGUACCAAGGCAGGAACAUCUUGUGAAGGUGAAUACCCUCCACUGCCGGCCUACCAGACUGAUCCAGAACCAGAGAAGAAGGAAGUGUUCAUUGUGCAGGUUAAAGGCUUACCUUGGUCGUGCUCGGUUCAGGACCUUCUGCAGUUCUUCUCAGAGUGUCGGAUCCGUGAUGGUGAGAAGGGAAUUCAUCUCACUCUGGACCGGAUGGGGAGGCCGUCAGGUCGAGCCUUCUUGGAGCUGGAGCACGAGGAGGAUGUCAGCAAAGCUCUGGAGAAGCACCGGCAGUACCUCGGUCCACGCUAUGUUGAAGUGUAUGAAGUGUCCAACUGUGAUGCAGAAGAGAUCCUGAAGAAUGCCAUCCAGACUCCAGCUGAGGACGGGGUGGUCCGGCUCAGGGGUCUUCCUUUCAGCUGCACUGAGGCAGACGUGGCACAGUUCUUCUCAGGUUUAGAUAUCGUGCAGAACGGAAUCACCUUGGUGAAAAAUAUGAAAGGGAAGAAUUCUGGAGAGGGCUACGUGCAGUUUUCCUCUCAAGAAGCGGCCAAUAAAGCCCUACAGAGAGACCGAGAGGUCAUCGGGAACAGAUACAUUGAGGUGUUCCCCAGCAAACAUGCAGAGAUUCGUACUGAAUGGCAAAGGAGGUCGAUUUCAUCCUCUCCUCAGACCAGCCAUCAAAUAGACCAGGCCAACCCUAGAACUGGACUCCGUCAGAGCUCGGCCCCCCCAGUUCAUUUCAUCCACGUGAGAGGACUUCCCUUCCAGGUUUCCGGAGAAGACAUUGUAGAGUUUUUCUCUCCCCUGAAGGUCUCAAAGAUCCUGAUCGAAUGUAGUCCAGAGGGGAGGCCGAGCGGAGAGGCUGACAUUUUCUUCAGCUGCCACCAGGACGCCACCACUGCCAUGACCAAAGACAGGCAGCACAUAGGAGAAAGAUACAUCGAGUUAUUCCUGAACUCUGCUCCAGACUCUAAUGGAAGGUGAAUGUCGACACAAAGAUGCCAAACACAUAAAUUGGACUCUUGUAUUUAUUCAUCGGCCUGACAUGUACAUCGAACAACAAUAAAUUACCUGGAUGUUAAGACAAACUCUGCUGUCACUGACUGCCCUACAAGAGGGGGUUAUUUAGGGUUUCUACAAAUAUAUAAUAUGAUAGAAUAUAUGAAAAGUUUCUCCACUGAAUCAUUUUGUACAUAUCACUGUUAUCAUUUAACACACUCUGCUGGACAAACUGUUUUUAUAUCCCCCCAAGAAUUUUGUUAUGCAUUACAUUUUCUAUAGAAAGUCUUGUAUUGGCAUAUAGUGUCAAAAUAUGUACUUUCAUAUUCAUGGGUGGAUAAUAUUGGCUGGUGCUUAGGUUUAUUUUGGGGCUUUUGCCUUUAUUUGAUAGGACAGUGGAUAGAGAAGGAAACCAAGGAGAGAGAGUGGGGAAUGACAUGCAGGAAAGGAG